GGAAAUUGAAUUCGGCGGGGGCAUGUGAAAAUAGAAAAUAUAUUUUAGAGUAAGCAGAAAAGCUUUAUCGCUAGAAAAUGACAUCUUUUAUGACCACAACAGGACUAUCUCCUCCCUCUCAUCAAGAUGUUUUGGAUUCAAGUGCUCGGCUUAUUGACAAGCAGUUACAAGAUGACAGAAACUGUUUGGAGUUAUCAGAUCAAUUAAAAGUCCCGGUUCAUAAUCAGCCAAGUCACAGUGGACUAAAUGAGUUUGACUAUCCAAGUUUCCCAGAUGCAGGAGUAGCUUUAGAUUGUCUGACAGAAGUAAGCAAUGUUAAAAGAGUGCCCUUACCUGCUGAAUUGGUGGAACAGUUUGGUCGAAUGCAGUGUAAUUGUAUGAUGGGUUUGUUUCCAGACAUCAGUAGAGCAUGGCUGACUAUAGAUAGUGAUAUAUUUGUGUGGAAGUAUGAAGAUGGAACUGAUAUAGCGUAUUUUGAUGGACUGAAUGAAACUAUUUUGUCAGUUGCACUUGUAAGACCUAAACAAGGAAUCUUCCAGCCACAUAUACAGUAUUUAUUAUGUCUGGCUACUCCAGUAGAUAUUGUUCUAUUAGGAGUCACCUUUACUAGACCAUUUGAUGGAUCAUCCAGCUCAGGUGGUGGAGAUAUGCACUUGUUACCAGAAUAUCUAUUUUCAAUUCCAACAGACAAUACAUUUAUCAUGAACAUCAUAGGAACUGACAAUGGUAGAAUAUUUAUGGCAGGGAAAGAUGGAUGUUUGUAUGAAAUUGUGUAUCAGGCUGAUGAUGGUUGGUUCAGCAGAAAAUGUAGAAAGAUCAACCAUUCUACCAGUACUUUAUCCUUUCUUGUUCCUUCCUUCCUCAACUUUUCAUUCAGUGAAGAUGAUCCUCUUGUCCAGCUUUGUAUUGACAAAUCAAGAAAUAUUCUGUAUGCUAGAACAGAGAAAGGAACCAUUCAAGUGUUUGACCUUGGACAGGAUGGUAAAAGCAUUGGCAAGGUCACAUCUGUACCAUUAGCAACAAUAGUACAUAAUGCUUCACAUGUAGCCAGAACAAUAGAAAGAUCAAAUUUCAAGCCGAUUGUCCACAUAAGUGCCAUUACACAGUCUGAAUCUUCCAAUAUCCAUCUUGUAGCAGUUACAAAAACAGGAGUCCGUCUGUAUUUUACAACAAAUCCAUUUGGCAGCAAUAAAGGGAGACCAUCCAUGUUGACAUUGGUGCAUGUAAGAUUACCUCCAGGAUUUUCUGCAACAUCAAGAGUGCAAAAACCACAGAAUGUUCAUAUGGCUUACUACAAAAAAGGUUCUUUAUUAUUGGUAUCAUCACAAACAGAAGACAGUGAUUUGUUGUGGACCAUGAGUCCAGAUUCUUUUCCAUUUCAAAGUCAGUUAAUGGAAGCUCAGACAACAACAGGUAUUGAUGGGAAGACCUGGGCAUUGUGUGAGGAGUCAUCAGACAACUUUACAUCAGAAACAGGCAAAGCUGAUCCUCCAGCCAUAGUCACUCAACACAGUGAUUUACCCAGGAAAUUUGUACUACUUAGUGCUCAGGGAAGUCAUAUAUUAACAAAGUUACGACCUGUUGACCAGUUACGAUUGUUAUUGAUUGAAUAUCAGGGACCAGACGCAGAGGAGGUCAAAGGUUUCUUCAGAUUACAUAAGAUAGAGCAAGCAUGUGCCACCUGUUUGAUAUUAGCAUGUUCCAGAAUAGCAGCUGAUCAACAGGUUUCAAACUGGGCAACAAUGGCCUUUUUUAUGUAUGGUGGAGAUGCCCAGUAUAAUUUAAAUCCUGGUAUGGGCGACCGAGGACUAAUGGCCAGUAAUAUUGGUCCAGGUCUCCAUCCAAGUCAGACCUCUACGCCAGCUCCAGGAAUGGGACCGGGUGGCAUGCAUUAUCAUCACCAGUUCAAUCCAACACAGAAUAUAACACAUGAUAUUGUCUUCUCAGGAAAACAUAAUGGAAUAUGUCUGUAUCUCUCCAGAAUUCUCAGAUCUGUUUGGGACAGCAAUGUUGUUUCAGAUUUUCCCUGCCAAACCCAACAAGGAAUUGUUAAUUUAAUGAAUUGCAAUUUAUCAAAUGCGAUUUUGACAGAGAUAUUGGAGAAUGUGCGAGGGUUGUCAGACUUUGUGGACUUUAACUCUAGGUUUGAUACAGGACCUGCAGAUACUGGUGUGAUGCCUGCAAUGGCAUUUUCACCACGAUACAUGAUGAGCCAUGGGGAUGAUCAAAUUAAAAAGAAAUUACAAGCCGAAGCACAGAAGAUGGAGAAGAUUUCAUUACAACAUGUCCAAGAUUUGAUUCAUCAAGUAGAAGAGGUUUUAGGACUAUUAAAAGUUUUAUGUGAUCAUCCGUUCCAUCAUGUAGCUGCAGCAUUAUCUAAAGAUCAACAGAAUCAGCUAAGAACAAUGACACUGAAGCAGCUUGUUGUAACUGGGAAAGAGAUGUGUACAUCACUGAUUACAAGUUUAAUCAACAUAUAUUUAAAUGACAAUGCUAGUAUAGAUUUAGUCAAUACCAGAUUGAGAGAAGUCUGCCCUACAUUGUAUAGCUCUGAUGAUGCUACUUGUUCCAAGGCCAAUGAAUUACUACAGGCAGCUAGAGUUAAUCAAAAUCAAACAGAAAAAAGAAAACAGUUGUUAGAAUCACUUAAGUUGUACAAAGAAGUUACCCAACCUCUACAGCUUCCAGGUGUAUGUAAUUCAUUUGCAUUAGUACACUUCUUUGAGGGGAUUGUUGACCUUUGUUUGACCUUGUCUGCUAAACGAGACCCACAGCAGUUAGCAGUUCAUUACUAUCGUAGUGGAGAACCACAAGAGGAUCUUCAAGGGAUGACAGCACAUUUAGCAAGAAUGGAAUGUUACAACUGUAUAACAGACACUCUUGGAUACCUGAUGUCUGCCAGUGUAUCCCACCCACAGGCACCAAGUAUACCUAAGGGGCCAGGACCCCCUCCAACGCCAGAUCCUAGCAUACUAAAUGCAAAUGAUGCGGAAAAAUAUAAAUCCGAUGUUUUCACAUUGGCAUUACGGUCUAAAGAUGAACUGUUCCAUGUUGCUUUAUAUGAUUGGUUAUGUAAUGGUAACAUGACAGAAAAACUAUUAGAGGUGCAGUCUCCUUUCCUUGAAAGCUACUUGAAAAGAAAAGCUGGGUACCAGGGUGAAGCUGUACAAGCAUUAGAUAUGUUAUGGAAAUAUUACGAGAAGCUAAGAAACUUUCCAGCCGCAGCUAAAAUAUUGUCAAAAUUAGCAGAAAGACAUGGAAAUGAUGUUCGUCUACAACAAAGAAUAGAAUAUUUGUCUCGUGCAAUUAUGUGUGCCAAAAGUUCUACCACUCAUAUCAGCUCAGCAGCAGAUGGGGAAUUUCUGCAUGAAUUAGAAGAAAAGAUGGAGGUUGCUAGGUUACAAUUACAAGUACAGAAAGCUUUGAGUAAACUUUCAUCUAGUAGAAUGGAAUGUCAGGAGGCAUUAAAUCGUCUGGAUUCAGACCUGCUUGAUUUGACAAUAUUGUAUGAAGACUUUGCAGACAAGUUUGAUUUAUCUGAAUGUAAAUUAGCAAUAGUCCACUGUGCAGGAUUGUAUGACGUAGUUCUAGUUGAAAGUUUGUGGAAAGAUAUUAUUGAUAAAGAAAUAUUAAGUACUGGUACAAUGGAUGGAAAUGCUAGAGUAAAAAAUCUGGACUUGAAAUUAACAGCUGUAGGGAAGCUGUACAUAAAAACAGAAAGAUAUUUCCCUUCAGCUUUCCUCAUAAAAUAUUUGGAACAAAGAAGUUGUGAAAUGGGACUUAAUACGGAAUGGGUGUUUGAAUUGAUGUUAGAGACAGGACUAGCGCCAUCUAGGGUGUUUGAAAUCUAUGAUAGAUUAUUUAAGUCUAGGGAUCCAUUCUGGCUAUCAGUACAGAAACCUCUGAGAUUGCUGGAAGUUCUGUGUAAACUUUUAUGUCAUUUAGUGGCAAAUCCAGCUCUAAUACCAAUGUAUGAUAGGAGAACUUUUACAACUGUGUGCCUUGAUUCAGUGGCAAGUUACUUGGUAGAACUACAGGCUAUGAGAAGUACAGAAUCACAUAUAAGACUGAUCAAUCAGUUUAAAAGACUUCAGUCAGAACUGGAGCGUUUGUGACAGCCAUAAAUCUUUAAUGAGAUAUUAUGUAAAUUAUUUUAUAAAGUAUUGUGAAUAAUCAAAGUGAUUAAAUUGUGAGCUAUGUUUUUAUUACCGUUAUGCAAAACAACAUUUUAAAAACAAUUUCUGUAGUAUAGCCUGAAUUUUAUUUGGCUUUUGAGUUAUUAAACAUCUACACAGUGAGUGAGCUUAAGAUCACAUUAAACAAGCAAUUAUCCCUAGAGUCAGCUAAAAAUUACAUUCAUUGGAGAUUCAUUCCUUAAGUGUGCUGAAAAUUGUAUUCAGUGAGCAUCCAUACAUUGAUCAAGCACACAAUUACAUUCAGUGAGCUUCAUUACCUUGAGUGAAGUAAAAAUCCUUUUAAAUGAACAUCUUUACCUUGAGCUAAGUAAAAAUUUACAUUCAAAGAACAUCAAAGAAGGGAUAAUAAGUAUCUCUGCGUUCAUAUAGCUUGGUGUAAUGAUGCAUCUGAGGAUGUAUAUCAGUAUUUCACCAAAUAAAAGGGUUACUUGCCCUUCAUUUUGAAGUUUAGCAUUUGGGGUUUUAAGUAAGCUUUAACCUUGCCCAAUUCUAUAUGUGUCCGUUCUAAAGCAGGAGCAUGUUGUUCGUGGUUGUCAGUGGUUCAUGUCUGCCAUAUUUGUUUUUUCCUAAAUUGAUAAUAUUGUUUCACAUUAUCAUGUCAAGGCCUUUUAUAGCCAACAUACGAUAUGCCUUAAAUUGCUUACAUCUACUCUUUCGACUUUUGGUGGCUAUUUGUUUCAUUGGUUAUCAUACCACAUCACCUUAUUUUUACUUUGUAAUUGUGGAUCAUCUAUGUUUAUUUAUGUGAGUGAAUCAUUAAAGAAUUACUCCCAGCUCUGUUUAUCCUUGAUAUAAUUAUUGCCAUAUUCAUUGACUUACAUUGAUUAUAUUUAAAAUAAUAUGAAAUAAAAAUGUACUGUGGUUACAUUAGGAUAUGGCAUACUUUGGCCUCCAGUGCCUAUUAUAUCAUACAUAUCCAGGAACUGUUUGCCACUUGAAGUAUAAACUAUCAAUGUCAACUAAUUUAAAGCUAUGUAACAUUUUUAAAACAAAAACAAAAUCUGUAAAUUAUCUUCAUAUAAAAUUUUCAUUGAAAUAAUAAAAAGAAAAAGAAAUGGUUGUCUUAUUCUGUAAUUAUUAUACACAUCAGAAGGUCCGGAAUUAAACCAAACAGACAUAUAGGUUUACCUGUGUCCUUCAAUAUGCACCCUUUUUCUACAAAUUUUUAUGAGGCCUUGAUGGAUAAAGGUGAUCUAAAGUAUGUUUUUGUAUAUUGAUCAAGACCAAAUUGCAUUUUCUUCACAUUACCCUGUUCUUAACAUAACAGUGUUCCAUGAGCAUAAAUUUUUGGUAUCUAUCAUUUACACUGUCCACAAUUUUUGCCUUGUUUUCAUGCAAAAAAAGCAUCUAAUCCAGAUUGGUUUCCUUCUUCAGAAAAGGAAGUGUAUGGUUGUGUUAUGUUUAUUCCAAAGUUAAUGUGUGAAAUUUUUAUUAAAGAAGGGCCAUUUAAGAACCUCA